GAUGGCUUUGUGCACGGAAGGUCGUUUGAAGCAACGAAAACCUCUCUCUCCCAUUCUCGAGAUGGAAGACGAGGCGGCGUCUAUCUUGUCUUGCGCUAGAUCAAAGGAUCUACACAAUGAUUUACUCGCCCAAUACAUGGACUUAAAAGCUCAAGUUGGAGAUAUGGAAGAGAGCCUUCUUGACCAUCUUCUCCAAGUAAACGAGAACCUGCGCCAGGUGAAUGAGCAACAGAGCCGCGAGCUCCGACGUGAACAUGAACUGAGACGUAAAGCAGAAAAAGAGAGGGCGGAGUUCAGAGUAGAAUAUCUAAAUUUCAAGCUCAGUUUGACAAUGGAGCAUGCCGAACUGCAGGAACUAAAACAGACGCUGGAGGAGCUCACCAGUAGCUGGGAGAAUGAGAAACAGGCGGAGGCAGAGCAGAAGAAGAAGCUGGAGCAAGAGCUCAAGCAGGUGAAAUCCAUCCGGCGUCAGGCUCUAUCUCUGACCUGCCAAACUCCAGUCAAGGCACAAGCCAGUCUCCCAGUCGUAGCUCCUCCAGCCCACCCGAAGAAGGCACAAAGACCCUAUACAGGAAAAAACAAAAGCAGAGUACCGGCCAAGAUCCAGCCUGCACAGAACAACAGGAGCACACCCUCUGGUUGUGGGGAUAGUGUGAAGAAGACCAUGGAUGAGAGAAAGACCAAGGUGACUCCUGGGAAAGAACUCAGAACGAAGGACAUUAAGAGUGGUCAAAAUCUCACCAAACAGUCACGCAGAUACUCAAGAAGAGUUCGCCAGAUGCAUUAAGACAUUUAGAGAUUGUUAUGUGAUUGUUGAAGAAUAUUUCCAUUGAGUGUGUUCAUACAAAUUCCAGUUUUUGUUUGAUGACCAGAACUUUCUUUAUGAGAUGGACACUAAAUAUUUGUGAAGCAAAACUUUGGUCUUACUGUGAUUAAAAUUUGUU